GUUUUAAAUUAUUUGUGUUAUCGGCAUCGUACAUAACGAAAACUACGCAUUAAAUUUUGGUCAUUUACCAGCAUCUGUCCAACUCGACCAAUCGACUUUAAAUUGUAGGUGCAACCAGUAGAAAUGAACUCUGAUUCUCUAUUUUUUUUUGGAAAUGUUUUCUUGGGUCUUUUCGCAUUCAGCUUGCAGGUUACAGCAUUAGCAGUCAGUGAUGCAACCUACAUACCGGAUUUGGUGUGUACGGGAAUCUGGGGUGGAGCCUUCCUCAUCAUGUUUGCUUCUUUGCUGAAGACACGAAUGCUCAGUUGUAAGACUAUCAAAGCUCUAGCAGUCUAUUCCAUGUUGAUUGGCUUCACUUUAAUUGGGUUGCACGCAUGGAGCAUCAGCUCGUACAGCGAUUUCAUCGAUUUCUGCGAAUUCUUUUUAUUUAAUAACGAAAUUGGAUUAUGUGGCCGCGUCGCCAUCGACUCGUUGUUGAUUUGCAGCGGUAGUCUCAUCGUUAUCCUCAACGUGUUUAUAGCCUCAAAGGCUUCUUCUAUGGUUAAACUCUUGGCUUAACACUUUUGGCUUACGAUCUGCACUAUUUACCUACUAAAUGUUAAACGAAACGAAAUACACGUUAUUAGAACACUGAAAA